AUGACGUACAUAUCGGAAUCGCGUCUCUUGGUCCUCUUACUUGGUUGUGUCUUUGCUUCCAGCCUCUUUAUGACAAAUGCUCUUGUUGGUGCACUUGCUGCUGCUUGUCGUCCCGACCAGAUCCAAGCGCUUCUGCUAUUCAAGAACGAGUUUGAAUCAACCGGUUGCAACCGCAGUGACUAUUUCAACGGAGUUCUCUGCGAUAACGCGACUGGUGCGGUCACGGAGUUACAGCUCCCAAGUGGUUGCUUCACUGGAAUUCUCAAACCCAACAGUAGCCUCUUCGGAUUUAACCAUCUUCGUUACCUUAAUCUCUCUCACAACAACUUCAAAUCCUCUUCACUUCCUUGUGAAUUCAGCAAUCUCAACAGAUUAGAGGUUUUGUCUCUUUCCUCUAAUGGUUUCAUUGGUCAAGUUCCUUCCUCAUUUGGUAAUCUAAGCCAGCUUUCCGAUUUAGACCUUUCCUAUAACGAGCUCACGGCCUUUAGUUUCCCAUUUGUACUGAACCUGAGUAAACUUUCCCAUUUAGACCUUUCCCAUAACCACUUGUCUGGAACUUUGAAUCCAAACAGUAGCCUAUUCGAGUUGCACCACCUUCUUUCCCUUGAUCUCUCUUACAACAGCUUAGGACGUUCCUCCUCAAUUCCUUUUGAGUUUGGCAAUCUCAACAGAUUAGAGGAAUUGUAUCUUUCCUUUAAUGGUCUUAUAGAUCAGGUUCCUUCCUCAUUUAGUAAUUUAAGUCAGCUAACCGGGUUGUGCCUUGACAAUAAUGAGCUCACAGAAACCAGCUCACUGGUUCUAUUGACAGUCCCAAUUCAUCUUCUUCAUCUCAAUUUGAGUAUCUGCGUCUUGGGUAUAACCAAUUCCAAGGAGAAAUCCUAG